AUGCGGGUGCACAGUGUGGCAGCCCCAGAGGAGAAGCCUGUGGGAUUUCGCCUGAAGCCUCCAACACUCAUUCAUGGACAGGCACCCAGCACAGGCGUGCCGAGCCAGAAGCCCAAGGAGCAGCAGCGCAGCGUCCUCCGGCCCGCCGUCCUCCAGGCGCCACCCGCCAAGACCUUCACAGAGUCCAAUUCGAGUUGUGGGACGAAUGGCGUCUCAGACGGAGCAUCAGAGAGUCAGAACAAUGGAGAAAAAUCGGACAAACAGGUGGAAGAGAACAGUACAGCCAAUGACUCUGCCAGGCGAGAUUCCCAGUCAGGUGGAACCAAUUACUUCCUGCAGUACAUAGGUACCCCCAGCUCCCAGAAGGCCACAAACAACACCGACAAGGAGGCCAAGUUUGUCUUUGGGCAGAAUAUGUCUGAGCGAGUGUUGAGUCCCCCUAAAGGUGGCGAGAGUGUGGAGAGCAGUAGAGACAGUCCGGCUCCUGUAUCUGAGCCCUCCUCACAGGAGGCCACACCUGAGAAGGCACCAGCAGCACCAACAGCAGCAGCAGCAGCAGCAGCACCAACAGCAGCAGCAGCCAACAGCGUGGCCGAGUCUCUGGAAGAGUCAGCGGCAGCCUACACCAAAGCCACGGCCAAGAAGUGCAUUCUGGAGAAGGUGGAGGUGCGGACCGGGGAGGAGUCUGAGAGUAAUGUGUUACAGAUGCAGUGCAAGUUGUUUGUGUUCGACAAGACGGCACAGUUGUGGAUCGAGCGAGGCCGAGGCCUUUUGCGGCUCAACGACAUGGCCUCCACCGAGGACGGCAUGUUACAGUCCAGAUUAGUGAUGCGUACCCAAGGCAGCCUGCGUCUGAUCCUCAACACUAAGCUGUGGCCUCAGAUGCAGGUGGAUAAGGCCAGCGAGAAGAGUGUGCGCAUCACCGCCAUGGACACCGAGGACCAGGGGGUCAAAGUCUUCCUCAUAUCGGCCAGUUCUAAGGACGCAGGGCAGUUGGCAGCUGCGCUGCACCACCGUAUCCUGGCCCUGAAAAGCCGAGCGGAGCAGGAGCCUGAAUCUGCCCCGCCAGGUCCCGAGCCCGAGGUGCCCCAGUCAAAUGAGGACGACAGCGAUGACGAGCCCAAAGGCGCAGUAGGGGCCACGGCCAACACCAGCGGUACCUCUGAAGGAGGGGAAGCCCAGGAAGCCGGGGGGACAUAGCACCUCUGGCGUCUGCCUGCGAGGAAGCUGCUGUACAGGGAUUUUUUUUUUUCGAGCAGGCAUCUCUGUGGACAGCCCUUAACCAACAUGGGUCCCUCAGACUAGUGCAGUCCAGUGGAUAGUAGAAGUCUAACCGUGUCGGAAUCUGUCACCCAACUUGUGCAGUUUUUUUUUUUUCCCCUCUCUUUUUUCCUCUGCAUUUAAAUGUAAAUCUGGAUUUUUGGAUUUAUCAGUUUGUGUUAUUUUUAUUGUCUCUUGUUUGGUUCAUUUUUUUGACUGCAAGAAAAAAAGACUUUUCCAUUUUGGUUUAGGACUUGGAUACUCAUCAUAUUGAUGAGUGCGAGGGAGUUCCUCUACAUUUUAAAUACGGCACAUGUUUCUAAAUAUGGGACCUUUUUUUAUUCUUCGCAAAGCCACAGCUCGUUCUCACCUGGGACCUUCCAAAAGGAUAACGCACUCAUUGUUGACCAGUCAUGUCGCUAAUGGUUACAGUACCAUCAAUCUUCCUCCCCAUAUCCUCCGUCUCCUCCUCUAUUUCAUCAACAUUCACUCAAAUUCUAAUUUAUUUUUCUGACUAAUGUUUUUUUACACAUCUACAUACAUAUGCACUGGUUAGUAGGAUAAGCCAAUACCAUAUAGUACUCCACAAAGGUAGUUAGAUCUAUUUCUUAUUGGCGUGUUGAAUAAAGAGAUGAAAACCAACCACACAGGAUCUCAUGCUCUAAGUUUCUGGUCCAAGGCUAAUGGGCACGAGCAUCUCAUCCCUCGCAGUGUAUAUGGACUUCAUUAUAGUUUAUGGAUUUAAUGUCCACCAACUGUUGCAAUUCAUUUGGUCAGGUUUUUUUUCUUUCAGUUUUCAGUCUUUCGGAUAUUUGUUUUCUUUCCAAUAUUUCUUAAUUUCAUCUUUUUUAUUGAUAUAUUAACGUUUUAUUCAUUUUCAGAACUCGAGUUGGAAUGAAGGUUUAUUUUGUGUGCUAAGAGUUUGAGUGAAAAAAAAUACCUGUCUGUUCUACCCUUGAAUGUCCUGUUAAUUUCAUAUAACACCAUUUAAUAGGAUCCCAUGCUUCCUACACUCUUUACAAAAUAAAUCUUUAAAAUCAGACAAAUGAAA